AUGCAUCCUGAUGACAGAAAAAAGAAACUAUUAAAUGAGCACACUAUCGUCGCCGCCGCCAACCCACAUCACAAAGAGGAUUCACGCAUGAUUUCGAGGGUUCUCAUUGAUACCGAAGGAAUUUAG